ACUACCAGUCCGCUGGCGAGAGAGUGAUAGUGUGUGUGCGUGUGUGUGUUUAGAGAGAGAGAGAGAGAGAGAGAGAGAGAGAGAGAGAGAGAGAGAGAGAGAGAGAGAGGAGGCUUACGGCUAUGCAAAGACCGUGUCGUGGGGGUUAUAUUGCCAUUACGCACUAUUACACACUGACAGCUACUUUGAAGAGAGGAGCUCUCAGCGCAGAGGAGCGGGAUUUUGGAUUCCUCACAUAAACAAAAAGAAGAAUAAGUUUUUAUUAACAUUCAGCCGAUCUUCAGAGCAGACCAGAGUCAGCUGCCAUCCAUCCGCACAGGAAUGGUGGAUCACUUGCCGCUUGGUGAGGAGACCUUCCUGUAUUAUACCGGAUCCCCGGGGUCUGACUACAACUGCCUAGGUCGCCACGCCAAUGGUGGCGUGUCGGCGGGCAUCAUGGUAACUGAUGCAUGCAUUUUCCACCACCAUCACCACCCUUACCAAGGGGUGACAGUCUCCUCCUCGCCUCGCCUCUCUGAGGAUGACCUCAGUGACUCCUCCAGCCCUCGUUCCUCCCUCUGUUCCAGCCCUGAGUCCUCAUCGCCAACCUCGCGCCAUGUUUUUGGCUCCAGCUACGAAAGCAGGAGCAGCAGGAGCAGUGGGAGCAGUGGCUCCUCAUCAGGAGGAGAGAGUCAAGACAGCCUGCUGGACCUCCUGCUCUCACAGACAUCCUUUGCCACCUCAUUAAGCUCUAAUGCUAGUAGUUCUCCUUCUUCCUCUCUAUGCCUGUCCUCUUCACCCAUCUCCUCCUCCUCGACUCUCACUGCCCCCCUUUUGCCCAUGGGCCUGGCCUGGGAGUCCAAGAGGGAGCAGCGGUUGAGUCUUCUCCAGCAGCAGACCAAAGAGGACUGUUACGAGUUCCCCGUCUUCCUUGAUGAGCUGCAGGAUCCUGCGGCACUCCUCUUUCAGCCCACCCUGGAAGAGAUUGAGGAGUUCCUUGAGGAGAACAUGGUGGUGGCAAUGGAGAAAGAAGAGGAGGCAAGUGAUGAGGCGAUGUCACCAACAUCUGAGGACACUGAGGCGGAAGGUUCGAGGACAUUAGCAGGAGAACUUGUAUCAGUGUCACAGAACUCAGAUCAGACUGUUCCCGUGGCUCAUUCUCCACUCUCCUCCUACACAGAGACCAAACAUUCACCAUGUGCAUCUGACAUGGACAGCUCACCAUCAACAGUGGAUACUAGUUGUAUAACUAGUUCUAGUUCUUCAAGUAGUAGAGUUGAUGGGAUCAAACAGGAGGACUGUGGCUCAUCUCCGACCUCAUCAGAAGGUACCAGUGCCACCUCAAGUGUGCCUGUCAUCCUACAAAUCCAGCCCAUACAGAUCAAACAAGAGCCGAACCCCAGUGCCAUAUCAGAUGGCAUCGCCCAGCAAGCCCAACCCCAGAAAACCCAAUCCCAGCCAACCCAGGCCCAAUCGGAUAUCAAAAUUGCCCAGCUCCUGGUCAACAUCCAGGGGCAGACCUUUGCCUUAGUGCCUCAGCUACUUUCCCCAGCAAACAUUAGUAGCUCAAGUAAAACUGGAAGUGCUGCUUCAUCCAAAUUUGUCCGGAUUGCACCAGUGCCCAUUGCUGCUAAACCCAUUGGGCUUGGGGAAGGUGGGUUGGGCGGAGGUUCUGCUGCAGGGGUCCUCACUGGAGGUCAAAGGUACCAGAAGAGUGCUGUGGCAGACCUUAUUAAAAUGCACAAGUGCUCUUUUCCCGGUUGUAAUAAGAUGUACACCAAGAGCAGCCACCUCAAAGCCCAUCUGAGGAGGCACACAGGGGAGAAGCCCUUCGCUUGCACAUGGCCCGGCUGUGGAUGGAGGUUCUCGCGGUCUGACGAGUUGUCCCGACACCGUCGCUCCCACUCUGGAGUGAAACCAUACCAGUGCAUCGUGUGUGAGAAGAAGUUUGCCCGCAGUGAUCACCUGUCGAAACACCUCAAAGUCCAUCGGUUUCCACGAAGCAGCAGGACAGGACGAUCUGCAAACUGACCCCCCUGACCCAUUCUGACAGACUGACGUUAAGCAACUGGGGGGGGUAUGUGUAUGUGUGCGUGUGAGAGGAAAGACAGAGGAUGGGGGGUGAAAGUCCAAACACCCUUUAAAGGAGUCUGUGCAAGACUCUUUAUGCUUGUAUGUGUUUAUGUUCAAAUAUGUACGCGUGACGUACAUUCAUGGUACUGUGAUAAUUUAUUAGGUGGCGAGGAAAAGAGUGUAAAAGCUAAACUAAAACAGAAAACUGUUACUUGACAUAACACCCUCACAGGUGGAAUAAGCUUCUUGUAUAUUACAAUGUUUAUUUGUCUCACUCAAAUCUUUUAGCUAAUCUAAUUUGAAGAAAGAUUUGCUAUUCAGAGUAUUUUUACACUCUGAGGUGUGUGUUAUUGCUAAUUUUUGAGUCAAAAGCCUUAUAUCAAUAAAGGUUGUAACACUGGGGUGUGCUACUAUUUAAAACCCCCAGCUUUCUUUUCCCUUCCUGGAGCCAAUUUUUUUUUACAGUAAUAUAGUAAAAACUCAUUAUUAACUGGCUUCAAUUUAAUUUGUUUAAUUUGUUUAACUUGUUUGCCCAGCAACAAGAGCUUACUGGACAUUGUGUUAGGAAGCAUUGGGAUCUAUGGGGUGGUUUCAUUCUCUCGAUAGACGGCAGAGUAAAUGACUAACAUUCCUUUAGCUUGUUGCAUUUAAGUCUCGUUACAGGAAAAAACACUGUAGUAACCUCAAACACAAGAACAAAGUUCAUGUUGAAUUACUACUCACCAAACUAAGAUCAUUAUAACGUGUAAUUUGCACUGGUGCACAUGAGAUGUUUGGUUUUUGCCCAUACAAGUAUUUUCUGUAGUUCUAUUGUGGUCUGACAUUUUUGUCUUGGUUAAAAAAAACUGUUUAUCACAACAGUUGUUAUUUGUUUGGCCUUUCUGGGUCAAAACAGAUUGGGGUUCAGCUACAUCCAGUGAUUAUCUACUAAAUAUUUCAAGCCAAGGUUGAAAACAAGCAUUUACAGAAGCAGAAGUCUGUUUUUUUGUUUUCAACUCAAAUUACAACAUUUGUUUUCUAGUUUAUGCUGACACGUGAUGACAUAUCAUGUACUACUUUAUGUCACUUUAUUUACUCCAUGUCACCACUGUGAAAAAUACAUAAAAUAAUACAAAAUGGUGAAUUCGCAUUGUUAAGAGAUACAAAGAAAUUCUGGUAUUAGUCAUUGGUUGACACUGGCCUUGAACACACCAGAUUUCUUGUCUUCUCUCUUGCCAAAUCAGAUUGCUUUUUCCCCUUUUCUUCACACAGAGUUAUUUCAAUACAGAUGAAUUUUAUAUAUUAUUAAAUUAAAUCAAAUGAAAAGAUUUACUCAUUGAAUUUAACUGGAUUUUUUUUUUUUACUUACUUGAGACCAGAAUUGUGUCUCAUAAAAAAAUCUGAUAACACUUUAACUUAACUUUCACUUUAAAUGAACGCAUUAAAGCAAGACAUUCAAAAGAAUAAUAAUGAAUGUUAAAACAUAGCAUGACUAUAGCACACGUAGAGGAGAGUCAUAGAGUUAGCAAAUAUGCUCCCAUUAGUAAACAUUUGCCACCAAAAGCUACUGGUCAUACAAGAUCAAGUGAGGCUAUAACAGCAAAACACCUGAGUGUGCUGAAUUUAGAAAGGGUGUGUUAUAAAUUUAACUUUUCAUUUGUAAGAGAAUGAAUUAGCCGUGUCAUCUUACAUAGACUCGCCUUAAUAUUUGGUAUAUUUUACACCUGCUUUAAAUCAAGGGAAUCAAGUGAAAUAUGGCUCAGUUUGCUCCCACUCAAGUCUCCUCUCUUGCAAUAGUCAAGUUUUCUUUCACUUCUUUACACAGAUUAAAUUUUCAAGAUGAAAAAAAUGAAAUUAAACUAUUCACAUCAAAUUUAACUGAAAUUGUUUGUACUUGUUACCCAUUCAUUGAGACUCAGUACAGUACCAAAUUAAGUCAAAGGGACUCUCCCUUUCUUUGUCUUUGGUCUUAUCCUAACAGGACUUGUUGCAGCAUAUUCUUCAAAGGUCAAUAGAAAAUUGUCCUUGGUCUUGGAACAUAUCAAAUCUCUUGCCAUAAAAUGAGACACCUUUGUCUUGUACUGUAAGGGAACAGUGACUGUUAUGCUUUUCUUUGUCAUAUUACAUUUAUAUGUAUAGAUUACUGUGUCGCUCUGCAUCUCAGUCAAAUGCAACCAAAUGAGUCAUGGGAGGGACACAAAAUGCCUGCUGCCCAGAGUUUAGAGAUGGCUUCCAGUGCCAUAAGGUCAUGGAUCAGUUAACAACAUUCAGCACUGAAAGGGUUUUAGGAAAGAUGUAAUCUGUUAAUUUGAUUACAAUGACACAGCACCUGAUGCUGCAUGGAGGAAUUGUAUUAACUCUGUCAGGCAUUCCUUCCAUACAAUCAGAAGAAACAUUUUUCUGAAUGGGUGUCAUAUGUGAGCCCAUGAAUGUAUGUAAAUACUGUAUGUGCAUCAGAAAGGAGAACUAAAAUAUUCUUCUAGUGAUUUCUGCGAUUGUGAAAGAUUUUUAAAAAUAUGUAAAGAAAGUGUACAUAACAUGAUAAUUCAAAUAUAUAGUGAAAACAGGUAGCAACUUGUUUUUGCCAGGUGUUUGCGUAACACAUUAUCAAAAAGGCUCACAAAAUGUUUCAUGGUACAUCCAAGGAGAUAUAUAUAUAUAUAUACACACAAACAUACUUGGAUAUGCAUUUUAAAACAGUUUCUUGUUUUGCACAGGUCCAAUAGCAGUGUAGCUAUUAUGUAACAUGUGAUGAGUCAUUUUCAAAUGUGUUCUGUAGGCACUCACAAAAAGAGUUGCUAAAAAUGUUAUAUUUUUGCUUUUGUUCUACUACAUAAAACACAUUUACAAUAAAAAUUCCAAAACAAAA